AUAAACGAUUAUUUCAAGUACUCUUCAAUUGUGGAACCUAUAAAACUGGGAUAUUCUGUGACUGCGGAUUUGUCUGAUUACUGCACGUCCCUUGGUUAUGGCCCAAUCUGGUCAAAUCCGCUGGCUCCAGAGAUGCAGCACUUAUACUACGCGACGAUGUAUGUGAAUCAAUGCGGGAGUGUUACACCUCCACCGCCCGGAAAGACGCUGUGUGCGAUAAGCCUUAGUUACGGAGUUGGCUUGUGCGAGGGAGAUCGUGGAGCCCCGUUGGUCUGCCGA